CGACAGAAGUAAGUUGUCUAUGGUUGUGGGUGAAGUGGGCGUAACUACAAAGUGUUGUGUAAAAAGUGUCAACGUUGUAAGGCAGUCGGUUGAAACGAAAUACACAUCAUCCACAACAAAAACAACCACCAUGACGACACACCAGAAGCUGUACGGCAAAGACAUCAGUGAAUACGACAACAUGGAUGUGGACCAGUUGUUGUCACAGCUCUCGCCGGAGGAGAUAGACAUGCUGGCGAAAGAAGUAGACCCCGAUGACCAGUUCCUGCCGCCAUCGCAGCGCACAAGCUACUUGUGCGACAAAUCGCCGACGGGGCCCCUGAACCGCAAGAAGCUCAUCGAGCACAUCAACCGGCAGGCGCUGGAGACGCCCGACCAGCCCGAGGCUAAGCCGUACGUCCCCGGCACCGUCCGCGGGAAGAAGUGGAUUCCUCCGCCGCCAUCCCUCCAAGAGAGGAACGCAGAGGAGCAGAUAGCCAUUGAUCUCGGGGACGAGUAUGAGACUGCGCUCACGUCCGCGUCCCAGGAGGAAAUCAUUGACCUUGCAGCCAUCCUGGGGUUCCAUUCGAUGAUGAACCAGGACCAGUACCACGCGUCGCUGCUCAACAAGGGCCAGCCGGUAGGACUGGGCUGGGACGGCAUCACCAAGGCAUCGCAGCCCAAGCCGUUCCCGGCGGACCCACCCAACACCACUGACCCCGACGCCACCAUCCAGCAGGUCAAGGACGAUGACCACACCCUCACCGACCUCAACUGGAACAACAUCAAGAACGUAUCGGAGGAGAAGUUCGUGCAGCUAAUGGAGGCUCUGCCAGCAAACACGCACCUCGAGACGCUCAGCCUUGCCAACACGGGCAUGACCGAUGCCAUGGCCCUCAAGCUGGCUGAAGCCCUCGAGAGCAACAACACGCUGCGGGUGGUGAAUGUGGAGACCAACUUCAUCAGUCCCGCUGUCGUGGUGAGGCUGGUCAAGUCCCUGCUGGCCACCAAAACUAUUGAGGAGUUCCGGGCCUCCAACCAGAGGUCGCAGGUGCUGGGCAACAAGAUCGAGAUGGACAUCACGUCGCUCGUUGAGCAGAACCCCACGCUACUCAGGCUCGGCCUGCACCUGGAGUACAACGAUGCGCGCCACCGCAUUGCUGCGCACCUGCAACGCAACAUUGACAGGAUACGCCUUGAACGGAUUGGGGCAUCGAGCUCGUAGUGCGAUGAUGGCUCCUAAUAGAUCGUUUGCGUCGAAUGGGCAGAGCCUCGCGCAACUACACCACCGGACUUGUCGUGCACAGAAAUUCACUUCUGUACUGAACCAAGAACAAAUACUAGCACCCGUAGAGCAUAGCCAUGGGAUGUCUCUAGAUGUUUGUCUCAGCUUUGCAUCGUAGUAGUUUAUCUGCUGUGUGUUUUGAAGCUACUCUCGUGUUUGAAAACCUUUUUGUGAGAAUACGCAUUAUAGUUUCCAGACUUUUGAUAUUUGCACGACAGAUGUGUGUGGGGCUCAUCUUACUGUUUUAAUUUAUUAAUUUCUAUUUCUUCUUGUAGAAGAAAAUAAAUCCUCUUUUCUGUUUUUGUUUUUACAUUUUGGUUCGAUUUAACUAUUUAUAAAUAACCUUGUUUUGUUCUUCAUGUUUUGAUAAUUCAUAUUUCUAUAUAUUUUUGCAUGAGUACAAAAAAAACUGUCCUUAUAUUAGUCCAUGUAUAAUUUUGCUGUUAAGUUUGUUUUUGGAAUUGUAUUUGCUGUUAUUUUCAGAUCACUCAUUAGACUUAUAGUAAGUUUUAUGUGAAUUUUAUGAAAUAAUUUUUUUUGUUCAAUUUUUUUUUGUCUCAGCACAAGUAUGAGAAAAGUGAGUAAUUUGUUCAACACUAUACAUGUUUUCUAAUGUUUGUAAAUAGCACAUAUGUUUUAAUUACAUAUAUUCGUUUCUUUUCAUCAUCAGUUGUUCUGAUGAAUUUAUCACAUCGUAUUGAUACUUGAGAGAGACAUGUUCACAGGUGAAUUAGUGAUGUAAUUUUCACUUAUGCUGUUCUCUACUGCUGUGUAUUUUAUAUUUGUGUAAACUUAGUUCUAUGCAUUGUACAGAUUAUAUUGAGAUGGCCUUAAAAAUUUACGCCUGGCCGUAUCUUUAAGCUGGUUCGCGAUGAACGCAUUGGUUAAGACACCCUUUUACCUGGAUCUAUUGUACAGUUACAAAGCAAUAAGGUGACUUUAACAUAUGCUUUAAAUGUCUCAUUGCUCCUUACGCACGAGGCAUGAACUAAACCUCUGUAUUUUUCGGGCCUCCAGUGUGUAGCCACGCUGUGUACGUGACAUUACUGCGUUAUCAAAUUUUUAGGAAUCUCUGGAAAACAAACAAGUUUUAUGUACUUAUUUUUUGCAAUUGGUUAAGUUUACAGUCAAAUAUCAAUUAUGCCUCUUGUACAUACUAAUUAUCAUAUCAUAUAUAGCUACGUAUCUGUAGUCAAAUAGGGGAAAACCUGUAAAUAUAUUUGUGAAUAGUGCUAAUUAUUUUUUUCAUCUCAGAAUAUUUUCACAAUUAAACAAUGACGGUUCUUGUUUUCAGCUACUGUGUUUUUAACGGUGGUUCUGGAACUUUUGUUUUUGUUGUGAACUUAAAAAAAAAAGUUUUUUCCAGACUUGGUGACUCAAAGAAAUUCUUAGCACAUGUUUGCACACUGUCAUUAAAUUUAUAAUCUGAAAAUGAAAUAUGUAUCAGUCCCCCAAUGUUCACGAAAGUGAAUAUAUAAGAUGGCACGGACACCAUGUGAACAAUAUCACUGAAAAAGUGAGAUCUGCGCAUGUGCAGCAGUUUGGGCAACAGAUAGGUUAGGGAUAGGACACCAACAUCCAUUACCUUAAAAAUAAGGGCCUGGUUGUCCUAUCUAAGGGUUUGGAAGCAGUAAUGUUCACUAGGAAUACGGUUAGGGUACAGUGUAGCAUAUUCAACACCAAAACCCUGUCGUCGUCCCGCUAGCCCUCCCUGGUAGUUCGACGCCCGGUUGCUCAGUUGUCCUAGGUAGAGUGGGGUUGUGAUAUAUCUGCUAUUGUACCAUAUAGAUCAAUGAGUUACGGAAAAGACAGAUAACUUGGCCAAAUUGGCUGAUUAAGUGUGGGAACCUGGUCUUCUUUCAGUUAAAAGUAUCUGUCAAGUGUCCAGCUAAUUAUAUUUUCGAGGUUUUAUAUAUGUUUUGAGUGGUUAUGGUUAUCUUGUGUUUAUUGAGGUAAUAUAAGUGACCAGCUGUUUGGAGAAAUUAAUAUCUCAUCUUUCUUUAUACAUGAUUUUUUUUAUUAAAAGUUUGGGCAAUUAAUUUUUUUAUUAUUAUAAUAUUAUGUACAUAUUAGGUUUGAAAUAAUGGUCAUGCCUUAAAUACAGCACUUAUGAAACUUGGAAAAUAUACAAAGGAGCAAGUGAUUUUUAAAUAAAUUAUGCAUUCAUUUAGAUAUAAUCAAAGCUUUAGUUCUAAAUUAUCUGAAGUAUGUGAUCUUCUCGGACUACAUUUAGCACCGGUAAAUUUUAAUUUUGAAAACCUUCCUCUCUGGUGUCAUUUCAAUAUUGCCAGGUAAGCGGGCGUCUGUUAACUCGAUAUGAAUGUUUCCUUUCCAAUGCUUGCUUCAGUUACUAUUUUUAACUGUUACAAGCUUGUCAGUUAUUACAUUAAGUUCAUACAAUAUUUUGUGUACAUUCUAUUACGAAAAGUUUUGAUUUUCAUUAUUUUAAUGUUAUAACAGUCUGAAAUUAGUGCUUUAUUUUACAGCUCUUUUUGCUUUUACCAUUUAACAAAUUUAAUAUAAAGUAUAGAUAUACAUAAUUAUUUUUAAUAAUUAAAUGUUUUGUAAUUGAUUUAAGAGUUUGAAAUGUAAAUGAAAGAUUAUUAGAUAAAAACAAGUACGAUUAAACUAUAAUUGAUUACCCUAAAUGCUUGCAAGAAUCACCAUAAUAAAUUAGAUGUAAUAGCUGUAUUGAUAUUGUACUGGUGUAAUUUGUAAUGCUUUUUUAUAUAUAAUUUUGUGCUUGGGGAAAUGGAUUAUGGUAAUUUUGAAUGGUUUUUAACUGCUAUGAAUAUAAUUGGCUUUUUUUAUGGCCCUAUUUGUUUUAAAAUAUUCACAUAGUAUUGAUGUUAGCACAGAAUUGUAAUCGUGAAAUCAGAUGUGUAUGAAAUUGUGAAGACAUCUGCAGUUUCGAUGAAUUUGCUGUAUUCCAUUUUCAAGCACUAAAAGUGGGUUUUCGUCGUUUAUAAAUACCUGUAAAUAUUUUGUGUACAUGCAGUAUGUAAAGAAAGUUACAUUGCUUUUAUAAAAAAUGGCUGAACCCAAUGUA